CAAAUGGUAACCUUUAAAGAUUAAUGUAAAUGUUGUUUUUUUCCUCAAGUAAUUUUUCCUGUCCAUUUUCAAUCUCUGCAGAUGGUCCUUUAGAUGCACUGAGACCUGCCAAUUCUUUUGCACCACAAGCAUGGCAUAGCUGUCACAAGCUUAUCUAUGUGCGACCUAAUCCAAAAACUGGUGUUCCUGUGGGACAUUGGCCAGUUCCUGAAUCCUUUUGGCCUGAUCAAAAUUCCCCAACACUGCCACCGCGCACUGCUCAUCCUGUGGUGAGGUUCUCCUGUGUGGACUGUGAGCCGAUGGUUAUUGACAAGCUACCAUUUGACAAAUAUGAGCUUGAACCAUCUCCUUUAACACAGUACAUCUUGGAACGGAAGUCUCCUCAUACCUGCUGGCAGGUAUUUGUCAGCAGUAGUGCGAAAUACAGCGAGAUUGGACAGCCAUUUGGUUAUUUAAAAGCAAGCACCACCUUAACUUGUGUGAACCUCUUUGUCAUGCCUUACAACUAUCCUGUGCUACUACCCUUACUUGAUGACUUGUUCAAGGUGCACAAACUCAAGCCAACUCUGAAGUGGCGUCAGACUUUCGACAACUACUUAAAAACUAUGCCCCCUUACUUUUUAUUG